AUGUAUCUGCCAUAUAACAAUAUAAAACAACAUUACCACAAAUUCUUGAUACAAGUAAUCGAACCCAGGUCACUUUGGAAAUAUCAAUUAACUUGCUCUAUUUUGUUUUCCUCUCCCAUUCUAUUUUAUUUUGAUACUGCAUCUUUCUGGAGUAUACCCUCCCCUCGGUUUAUUUGGAUAGCCUUAUCCUCGCCAACACUGGCUAUUCCGACAGUUUUAUCCCAGCAGACGUCGAAAACUUUUACACCGUCGCCACCCAUUCGUUUUCCUUCGUCUUCAACUGACUUUCUCGAUAUGGAGUAUAUGCUUUCUCCCACUACCCCGUCCUUUUCAGUCUUCGUGGAUCGGAUAUCCCAUAUCCUACAUGUCCCGUCAUGGCUGCCACUGAUCAGUCCAUAUUGGCUGUUUGGAUCCCGGGCCAAAGAAACAACAACAUUAGUAUGUCCUCUCAAGGUCAUGGCGGAAACAGUCGUCGCUGAGUCACGAGGAUCAAUUAGGGUAAUAUGCCGAGCGGCCGUACCAGCAGCAAGCAGUGUGAGCUGUGGUAGAUGUUCAACGCAUAGUAGAGAAUAG